AGUAUUCAGAUUUCCUGUUUAAGUGUCUGGAUUUCCUGAAAUCCUUGCUAUCAACCCGAGGGUUAUCCACAGAGCAGCGUGGUUGGGUGGUGGGUUUCCACCCACCCCCCUCCUUUCUCCCUCUCUUUUCCUUUCUUUUUCCCUCCCCCUGCUCACAUGGUCGGUUUUUCCUUCCUGCUAGUUCUUCUGAGUUUUAGUGCCUACUUAUCGUGCGGGAAAUUAAUGGGCAUAGAACCUCACUCGUAGGAUCCCAAGCUUUCAAGAUAACCGUCCAGUGGAAUCGAGUUUAAUAUCCGAUUUAAAAACACACCACAAACAUACACGAAUUGGGAAGAACUAUUGCAGAAACAUGGUGUGCUCCGGAUGCUGGGGAAAGGCUGAGUUUUAGCUCAAGAUGGAAUAAUGAUGGAUUUAGCUUGGAUGCCUAAGCUUGGACUGGGAAUACAGAUGUACAAGUCCUGGUAACUUUCUGAUGGUGACGGCUGAGACAUGAGAUCUUCAGCCUCAAGGCUUUCAAGUUUUUCUUCCAGAGAUUCAUUAUGGAAUCGGAUGCCGGACCAGAUCUCAGUGUCCGAGUUCAUCUCCGAGACCACCGAGGACUACAACUCGCCCACCACGUCCAGCUUCACCACCCGGUUGCACAACUGCAGGAAUACAGUCACGCUGCUAGAAGAGGCUCUAGACCAAGAUAGAACUGCCCUCCAGAAAGUGAAAAAGUCUGUAAAAGCAAUAUACAAUUCUGGUCAAGAUCAUGUACAGAAUGAAGAAAACUAUGCACAAAUUCUAGAUAAAUUUGGAAGUAAUUUUUUAAGUCGGGAUAAUCCAGAUCUUGGCACUGCUUUUGUAAAGUUUUCCACACUUACUAAGGAACUAUCCACCCUGCUGAAAAAUCUGCUCCAAGGUCUAAGCCAUAAUGUGAUAUUCACCUUGGAUUCCUUAUUGAAAGGAGACUUAAAAGGAGUCAAAGGAGACCUUAAGAAGCCAUUUGACAAAGCUUGGAAAGAUUAUGAGACCAAAUUUACAAAAAUUGAAAAAGAAAAACGAGAACAUGCAAAACAGCACGGGAUGAUCCGCACAGAGAUAACAGGAGCAGAAAUAGCAGAAGAAAUGGAGAAAGAAAGGCGCCUAUUUCAGCUCCAGAUGUGUGAAUAUCUCAUUAAAGUUAAUGAAAUCAAGACAAAAAAGGGUGUUGACCUACUCCAGAAUCUUAUAAAGUAUUAUCAUGCACAAUGCAACUUUUUUCAGGAUGGUUUGAAAACAGCGGAUAAAUUGAAACAGUACAUUGAAAAACUGGCUGCUGAUUUAUAUAACAUAAAGCAGACUCAGGAUGAAGAGAAGAAACAGCUUACUGCACUCCGAGACUUGAUAAAAUCCUCUCUCCAACUCGAUCAGAAAGAAGAUUCACAGAGCAGGCAAGGAGGAUACAGUAUGCAUCAACUUCAGGGCAAUAAGGAAUAUGGCAGUGAGAAGAAAGGUUAUCUGCUAAAGAAGAGUGAUGGGCUUCGGAAAGUAUGGCAGAGAAGAAAGUGCACUGUAAAAAAUGGAAUUCUGACCAUAUCACAUGCAACAUCCAACAGGCAACCAGCUAAACUGAACCUACUCACUUGCCAGGUGAAACCUAAUGCUGAAGAUAAGAAGUCUUUUGACCUGAUAUCACAUAAUAGAACUUACCAUUUUCAAGCAGAAGAUGAGCAAGACUAUGUAGCGUGGAUCUCAGUAUUGACAAAUAGCAAAGAAGAAGCAUUAACCAUGGCUUUCCGAGGAGAACAGAGUACUGGAGAAAACAGCUUGGAGGACUUGACAAAAGCUAUUAUUGAUGACAUCCAGAGAUUACCUGGGAAUGAUGUCUGCUGUGAUUGUGGUUCAUCAGAACCCACAUGGCUUUCAACCAACCUGGGUAUUUUGACCUGUAUAGAAUGUUCUGGAAUCCACAGGGAAAUGGGGGUUCAUAUUUCUCGUAUUCAGUCUUUGGAAUUAGACAAAUUAGGAACUUCUGAACUCUUGCUGGCCAAGAAUGUAGGAAACAAUAGUUUUAAUGAAAUUAUGGAGGGGAAUUUACCUAGUCCCUCACCAAAGCCCACUCCUUCAAGUGAUAUGACUGCACGUAAAGAAUAUAUCACUGCAAAGUAUGUAGAUCAUAAGUUUUCCAGGAAGACCUGUUUGUCUUCAUCUGCUAAGUUGAACGAACUACUUGACGCCAUCAAAUCUAGGGAUUUACUUGCACUAAUUCAAGUCUAUGCAGAAGGGGUAGAGCUAAUGGAGCCAUUAUUGGAGCCUGGACAGGAACCAGGUGAAACAGCCCUUCAUCUUGCAGUCCGAACUGCUGACCAGACAUCUCUCCACUUGGUUGAUUUCCUUGUACAAAACUGUGGAAACCUAGAUAAACAGACUGCACUAGGAAAUACAGUUCUGCAUUACUGCAGUAUGUAUAACAAACCUGAAUGUUUGAAACUUCUUCUGAGGAGCAAACCAACAGUGGAUAUAGUUAACCAAGGUGGUGAAACAGCCCUGGAUACAGCAAAGAGAUUAAAAGCCACCCAAUGUGAAGACUUGCUUUCCCAGGCUAAGGCUGGAAAGUUAAAUCCACAUGUCCAUGUUGAGUAUGAGUGGAAUCUUCGCCAGGAAGAGAUUGAUGAAAGUGAUGAUGAUCUGGAUGACAAGCCUAGCCCAAUCAAGAAGGAACGUUCUCCAAGACCCCAGAGUUUCUGUCACUCCUCCAGUAUGUCUCCCCAGGACAAGCUAGCACUGCCAGGAUUCAGCACUCCAAGAGACAAACAAAGACUCUCCUACGGAGCAUUUACCAACCAGAUCUUUGCAUCCACGAGCAUAGAGUCGCCCACCUCUCCAACAGCCGAUGCUCCCCCGCUGCCUCCAAGAAAUGCUGGGAAAGAAUGUAGAAAGCUCUUUUGGAGCCUAUCUGGAUCAUCAGGUCCAACAGGCCCACCUUCAACACUCCCUCUGGGCACCCAACCCCCCAGUGGCAGCUCCACCCUUUCCAAGAAGAGACCCCCACCCCCACCACCAGGACACAAAAGAACCCUCUCUGAUCCUCCAAGCCCGUUACCUCAUGGUCCCCAGAAUAAAGGUGCAGUUCCUUGGGGUAAUGACAUGGGUCCAGCAUCUUCCAGUAAAACGACAAAUAAGUUUGAAGGAAUGUCUCAGCAAUCAAGUACUGGCUCUGCAAAGACUGCUCUUGGCCCAAGAGUUCUUCCGAAACUACCUCAGAAAGUGGCACUAAGGAAAAUCGAAACCAGCCAUCAUCUUUCCAUAGACAAAUCCAAUGUUCCCCCAGAAAUCUUUCAGAAAUCACCCCAACCACUGGAGCUCCCUCAGAAGCCACAGCCUGGAGACCUGCCUCCUAAACCUCAGCCUACAGAAUUGGGCCCUAAACCUCAGAUUGGAGAUCUGCCCCCUAAACCAGGCGAACUGCCCCCAAAGCCUCAACUUGGAGAUUUGCCACCCAAGCCACAACUCUCAGACUUACCUCCAAAACCACAAAUAAAAGACCUGCCCCCAAAGCCACAAUUAGGAGACUUGCUGGCUAAAUCCCAAGCUGGGGAAAGCUCACCGAAGACCCAGCCCUUGGAGUUAAAUCAGAAACCCUCCAUUACGGAUCUCUCUCUAGCUGUCCAGUCUCGGGAGAGUCUCCAAAAGCAAGCUUCAGAAGAUUCUAAUGAUCUAACACCCACGCUGCCAGAGACCCCAGUGCCUCUUCCCAGAAAAAUUAACACUGGGAAGAACAAAGUGAGGAGAGUGAAAACCAUUUAUGACUGUCAGGCCGACAAUGAUGAUGAGCUCACAUUUAUAGAAGGAGAAGUGAUUAUUGUCACUGGUGAAGAAGACCAAGAGUGGUGGAUUGGGCACAUCGAAGGACAUCCAGAGAGGAGAGGGGUCUUCCCUGUGUCCUUUGUACACAUCUUGUCCGACUAGCAAAAUGCAGAUCUUGGAGCAUUGCAUAUCAUACAUGCAAGACGGGCUUUUUAGCAAAAGCAGACGGCUGCCGCCUCCUUGUAAUCCUGUGCACAAUGUGUAUAUAGCUGCUGUUACAGAAUACAAAACUCAUUUAAGGUCACCUCAUGAGGUGAAUUAUAUUAUGUAUUGUAAAUAUACUGUGUUAUUCCGCCUUUGCCAGUAUUAAGGUAGCCUUGGAAUCUGGCACGCCUUAUUGGGUUUGCUGAAGCCAUCCUCGGCAUCUAGCACUUACAUUUCUGUCUAUGCGUUUAAAACAAAAUCAAAAACAAAAAAAAGUGUAUGAACUUCUAGCUUUCCAAAUAGAGGUGGUCUUGAUCAACAAUUGAAAUGCAUAGAAUGGACUCUUUGUUCCUAAUGAUUCAGUAUUCUCAAUUAUGUGACUAAAAAAAAAAUUAGUGGAGAGUUAGAUUCUGUUUUCCAAGCAAACCAUUUACAUUCAUUACAGAUGAGCCUGCAGUUAUCAGUGUAUACAGUUUACAGCUAUGAAACCCACUUUGGUAUUUAUUACAGAAAGUGCUCAGUUACAUGUAAGUAUUAUUCUUUCUGAGAAAUGUUCACCGACCUUCCAGCUCUCCAUGGCAUAUUAAGAUGCUCAUAGCCUAGUUCGUGUUUAAGAAUGGUGAAUUUAUACCAUUCCAUGGUUAGUGCCCCUGUGAUAUUACCUCAUGAUACAAAAAGAACAUAUACCCCAUGAUGAUUUUAGCAAAAGUUUAAAAUCUCUAAGUACAGUUUCCUAAAGGUCUCUUUCAUUAAAUGUUCAAUAACCAAGGACUGCUAGAAAAUAUUAGUGUUUACAUUAUGCAUGCAUUUAGAAGCUUAUCUGAAACUUACCUUUUAUAAAGGAAUAGUAUGGCUAAGUUAAAAUACAAUGUUAGCUUUAUUUUUUAAAUUUGAUUACGAUUAAAACAGAAACAUAAGAUCACAAUAGUAUUGGUUUAUAAUCAAUUGGCCUUCUUGGAAAAUGACUUUACAUAUUCUAUUACACGUCAAUGUCCUCAGCCUUAUCAAAGCUGAAAAUCCACUGAUUUCAGAUUAUAUCCUUUAUUUUUGGACAUAGAUUUUUCCUUCCUGGAAGUCACCCAUUGGAAACUUUCAAGAGCAGCUCUCCCCCACCCCCUUUUUUUCUUACCUGCGAUCUUCAUUAAUCUAUAGUUCCAAAUAAUAGUUUACCCACUCAAAACACUAGCCAAUAUACCAAUCACCUUCUAGUCGAUUCAUAACUGGGGUCCUAAAAGCUGCUAUGAAUUGCACUGUGACCAAAUACAUUUCCUGAAGUGAACUCACUGCAUUCAGUUUUCUUUUCAUUCCAGCGGUUUAUUAGAUCAUUAAGGACACGUCUGUUUAUUUUGGUUCCUCCUUAUAUCAGUCUUAAUUCUGGAACAGAAUGUGAUAGUCUUACUCUACAAUCGCUGCCACUGUCACUUGCCUCUGAGUCUCUCUCAUGAGUGGUUCUGGCAUUCCAUUUGCUUAAACUAUUUUGGCAGUGGCAUAUAAAACUAAUAUUUUUAAGCAGAUAGUCUUGGCAGCUAGUGAGAAAUUUUUGUUUCACAAAAGCACAACUCCAAACAAAAACCUUUAGAAGAGUCUACUUAGCCCAGCUGAAAGUGCUCGGUGAAUAUUAAUGUAGUUCUCUGUAAAUGGUUAGUACAGAAACUUCAAUCAUGGCCUAAUAAAAAUUGUUUGAAGAAACAUGCAAAUUAUUUUACAGCUGGUAACAGAAAAUGAUUUUUAAAGUAAUUUCUUCAUCAGUGACAUGACUUAAGAGGCAGCUUGGUACAGCAGAAGGAACUCUAGACUUUAGGGUCAAGAGGCAGAUUCAAAUCUACGUUCUGAUUACUUGCUAGCUGUGUGACAUGAGUGAAUCACUUCACUCAGCCUUCUGACCCUUGAUUUAGGAGUCAUUGUAAUAUAGUGAAAAGAGCACCAGACUCUGGAGUCAGAAGACUUGGGUUUAAAUCCCAUAUUUGCUAUUCACUAACUGUAUGACCUUGAACAAAUGGUUUGAUUCCUGUGGCCAUCCAUUUCUACAUCUAUAAAAUGAGAUGGUCCUUUCUGAGUCCUGUGAUUGGAUGAUGACAAGAGUUCAUUUCCAAACCAAAAGGAAUCUACCAGGAGCAAACAAACCCAAUGGUGUCCACUCUACAGCAGUACCCACCUCAGUACGUACGUUGGCUGUACUGGGUUUCCAAAAGAAACCAUGAGUUUAUUUAGCAUUCCAUAUGACUUAUACAGUGUUUUAAGUUACAUUAAAGAACAAGUUUAAUGAUCUCUGUGGUCUAGCGUAUUUUCAGGUAAUCUUAAAAUAAACUGGUUUAAAAAAAUAAUGACAACCAAACCUAUAAAGACUACAUGUGCAAAGUACCAUGGAGUCAAGUCUAUUCUUUGUCACUUCUUCUGAAGGAACAUCUCUAGGCUUAUUAAUUUUUUUUUUUAAUGAGACAGUGUUUCCAUCAGAAACUGACUUUCUCUGUAUUCCAGCUUACUGUGGGACAUAGGAAAACUAGGUCGGGAUAUCUUUUUUGAUCUUGAUUGAGUUUAAAUCAGAUAUUGUACCUAAACUCAGUGAGCCACUAUCUGCAAUUUUGUACAUGAACAUAGUAUUUUGGAGGUAUGGAAACUUAUAGACAAAAAAAAUUAGCUAAUUAGUUGUUUUUAUUUUUCCCCCAGAGGGGAAACUAUGUUCUGCAAAUAGUAUGUGUCUUAUUUUACUGUUGAACGGCGAUUGCUAUUUAUUUUUUUAUUGCCUAGAACAUCUACAUGUUGUGUAUAGGAACCUUGAUCUGGUCAAGCCACCAGUUAAAUUUCAACUUCUCAUCUAAAUGUUAAAGUUCAAACAUCAGUACACUUGUCAUUUCACAGGUAUUUAAUGUGACAUUUUUUUCCAGUACUGUAUGUGUUCAUUUCUACUUUUUUAAAUAUUUAAAAUUGCUUUUAAAUAAACAUAUUCUCAGUUGA